AUGAAACUUGUUCUCGAAGGUGAUUAUGUUAUUCGUUAUAAGAAUCAAAUUUGGUCCAUGUUAAGAUCAGAUCCCGUUUUCCAUCAAAAUCCUUGGGACGAGUAUAGUCGAGAUGAGGAGAGACAAUUAACUUUUGCUCGAUUGAAGCAUUUAGUUGAUUAUAAAUUGUCUUCCGAAGAUGAAGAUCUAAGUCAACCUUUUAGGAUUCCAACUUUUGUUCAGGCAAUUGGUCAGUUUUCUUGGUCUUUAAUUGUUAAACGGACACUUUCCUAUGAAUAUUUUGUUCUUGCCUGUAAAUCUGAUAAAAGCGGCCGCAAUUCAGAGUUAAUUGUCGAUGUGAUGAACUUUAAAGGCCUCGGAGCUCUCAGUAUAACGGAACUGGCACACGGAAGUAACACCAAGGCAUUGAAAACAUCGGCAACUUUUGAUCCAAAGGAUCAGUGUUUCAUUUUUAAUACUCCAAACUUGGAAGCGACUAAAGUUUGGUCUGGUGUUUUAGGCCAGUCGGCAACUCAUGCGGUCGUUUUUGCUCAACUCUACACAGAAGAUGGUGUUUGCCAUGGAUUACACUCAUUUCUUGUUCCUGUUCGUGACUCAACCACAUUUGAAACCUUUCCCGGGAUCGUCAUCGGCGACAUGGGCGCAAAAGUGGGUCUUAAUGGGUUAGACAAUGGUUUUAUGACCUUCAACAACUAUCGAGUACCAAAGUCAGCCUUGCUUAGUCGCAGCUCAGAUGUUACAGCGGAGGGAAAGUACAUCUCUCAGGUCAAAGAUAAAAGCGAAAGAAUCGGCUCAACUUUGGGUGUCCUUUCAUCAGGUCGCUUGUUUAUUAUCCAAUUUGGUGUUACCAAUAUGCAGUCAGCGUUGACCAUUGCAAUUAGAUAUUCAGCUAUUCGUCGGCAGUUUGGUCCAGCGAAUGGCGAGGAAAUACCAAUAAUCGACUAUCAAAGUCAACAAUGGAGGUUAAUACCUUAUCUAGCGGUUUCAUUUGUGUUCCAUAACUUUUUUGGCUCAUUUUAUCGUGAUUUCGUUCAGUUUUACUUGGCCAAAAUGGUUCGCGUUCCUGGCACCGAUAUUUCCGCCAUGGGUGCUGAGAUUCAUUCACUGUCUUCAGUGGGCAAGGCAAUGGUCACCUGGAUAGCCAUGGAUACAAUUCAAGAGUGUCGGGAAUGUUGUGGUGGAUAUGGUUACUUGAAAGCCGCUAGAUUUGGUGACCUGAGAAAUGACCACGAUGCUAAUGUCACUUACGAAGGUGAUAACAAUGUCCUCCUUCAACAGACAAGUAACUAUCUGAUUAAAUACUACAAGGAAAAGGUUGAAACGGGAAAACCAAUCAGGUCACCUUUUGGUUCGGUUAAUUUUAUUGAUUCAAUUGAUGCAAUUAUGGAUAAAAAAUCAAAUAACAAUCAACUUAAUGAUAUAACCGGAGUGUUAAAUGCUUACCAAUUUCUUGUUUGUUAUUUAUUACGUUUAAGUUACUCUAAAUUGUUACGAAAAACUGAACAAUUAGGUGAUCAAUUCGCCGCUAAAAACGCAACUCAAGUUUACUAUUUACGAAGCUUAUCAAUCGUCUUCUUUGAAUUAGAAGCUCUUAAUCGUUACCAAUCAUUUCUAAUCAAUUUUAAUCAUGCACCCAAAGAGAUAAUUAAAGUUCUCAAACAAUUAGGUCUUCUUUAUGGUCUUUGGUCAAUCGAGAAACAUUUAUCGAUACUUUAUGAAUCUGGUUACUUGUCACUUCCAAAGUCACAAUCAACUGGAAGUGAAUUGAUUACCGGAACCCCGACGAUAAUCAAGGAAUUGAUUCUUCAAUUGUGUUAUGAUUUAAAGGAUAAUUCAGUUGCUUUGGUUGAUUCAUUUUCUCCACCAGAUCAUAUCCUUAAUUCAUCAUUAGGAUUAUCCGAUGGUAAAAUUUAUGAUAACAUAUUUUCCGCUUUAAAAAAUGCCAAAGGCGCUUUUGACCGACCAGAAUGGCUCGAGGAAUUAACUGUAAAUGUUAAACCGAAGUUGUAA